GGGACAGAGAGUUAGCGGGUUUGGUGUUUGAACUUAACAAAAUGGCAACUCAAACACUGUUGCCUUUGCUGGUCCUGUUGAUGAUAGGUUCACAGCCUCUGCAGGUUUUAGGCUCACUCUAUCCAGUAACUGGUACGACGAGUCCUCAAUCAGAUGACGGUAGUUCACCUCGGAUUUCUCUCAGCCAGCCGUUCCAAUUCUUUGGACGCUCGCACUCUUCUGUUUACGUGAACCACAACGGUGACCUCACCUUCACCAGUGCCUUCAGCCAGUACUCGCCACAGAACUUUCCAAUGAGAAGGAUGGACAUCAUCGCAGCUCUGUGGACAGACCUGGACAACAGAGUAACCGGAAGCAUCCUCUACCACGAGUACACCGGCGGUAGCAUCCUAGCACGAGCUACACAGGACAUAAACACCUAUUUCCCCGGUGUGCAAUUUACUGCAUCUAGUGUCUUUGUUGCCACAUGGUACCAGGUGGCCUAUUUUCCAACCACUGGCACGCAAGCCACAGCCCAGGCCAUCCUGAUCACUAACGGAAGGUUUUCUUUCGUCAUGCUGAACUAUGGGCCAAUAGCCCAAACGACCCGCCCGAUUCAAGCUGGUUACGACACACAGGAUUCCGCGCACCACUACUCCCUGGAGGGAUCCAUGACUACCAAUUCGUCAGACCCAAACUCAAGGUUCCGUAUCAGGAGCAACGUCGGUGUACCCAGUCGAUGGGUUUUCAGAACGGACCGCACAUCAAGAGGAUGCGAUUUUAACGGGUUUGAGGUUCAGGUGGGAGACUCCUUCUGGAGUGACAACACCUGUGCAGAGAAGUGCACCUGCACCUCCUCAGGCCUCCAGUGUGUCAGCCAACCCUGCUCCUUCGGCCAAGCCUGCAGGCCGUCUAUGUUUCAGUUCUCCUGCCAGACGGUCCAGAGGGAGACCUGCACCAUCAGCGGAGAUCCACAUUACUACACCUACGACGACACCGUGUUCCACUUCCAGGGCACGUGCACCUACGUUCUUUCCGAGGAAUGUGGCCAUAACUUGCCCUACUUCAGGGUGGAAGGGAAGAAUGAGCACCGGGGCAGCACUCAUGUGUCCUGGACGAGGCUGGUCAGAGUGUUUGUUUACGACGAAAUGAUCGAACUCGUCAAAGAUCAACGUGGAAAGGCCUUGGUUAACGGAACCUUUGUGACGGCUCCGUUCCAUCUCAGCAAUGGCAGCGUCUACGUUUAUUCGUCAGGGAGGGACGUGGUGGUCUCCACAAACUUUGGCUUGACAGUUUCCUACGAUGCCUACUCUACAGUCAGAAUCGGGGUGCCCAAUAUCUACAGGAACUCAACAUGUGGCCUCUGCGGCAACUUCAACGGCAUCAGCAGUGACGACUUCAGAACCAGCGACGGCCGCAUCGUGACGUCUGACGUGGAGUUCGCCAACAGCUGGCUGGUCCCUGGAGACAACGAGCGGGGGUGUGAGGUUGAGUGCAGCGGUCUGGAGUGUGCCGGUUGUACUGAACAGCAGGCCGCCGUAUUCAGAAACGGAGACCACUGUGGCAUCCUGGCCAAUACCUCGGGGCCGUUUGCCGCUUGCAGCAGACAACUGCCUCCAGAGAACUUCAUACAGAGCUGCGUCUACGACCUGUGCAUAGAUAAUGGAUACCAGCCCACUCUGUGUCAGGCCCUGGAGGUGUACGCCGGUCAGUGUCAGCAGGCUGGCAUCACGGUGUCAAACUGGAGGAGAAGAGGCUUCUGCGAAAUGCCCUGUGUAGCAAACAGCCAUUUUGAGCCCCAGGGCACAGGAUGUCCAUCUACAUGUGUCAAUACCAAUUCCAGCAACAACUGCCCCCUACCUUCCCGCGAGGGCUGCUUCUGCAAUGAGGGCCACGUCCUCAGUGGCGAGGCCUGUGUUGCUGUUGCAGACUGCGGUUGUAACUUUGAGGGUCGGUACUACAGCGCUGGGGAUACGGUGAUACUUGAUGACGACUGCGGUAGAAGCUGCCGGUGUGAGCAGGGCGUGAUGACCUGUCAGUCCCACGGUUGUGAUGCUCUUGAGGCGUGUGUAGUGGAGGAGGGGGAGAGGGGAUGCAGACCCAAUGGCUAUGCAACAUGCUUGAUACGAGGCCCGGGGUCGUACCAAACCUUUGAUGACCUGACAUACGAGUACCCCGGGGCGUGUCGCCUGACACUUGCCAGAGUGAUGGGACUGUUCAAUCACCCCCACUUCACAGUGACUGCAGAGAAAGUGCUCAGAGGUGACGGGGGAUUUGACCGGUGGCUGAAAUUUGAGUCUGAGGGGAAACUAAUUUCCUUAGAGAUGUCUAGCAGCAGCACGGUCAAGGUUGACGGUCAAAUGAUCCGACUUCCUUACAGCACGGAAUCCAAUCGAAUCCAAGUCUACCACAGCAGCAUUCACGGUAUCGUCAUCCGCACCGCCUUUGGUGUGAAAGUUCAGACAGUCUGGCCGCACUUCGUAAGCAUCACUGCACCUAGCGUCUACAACGGUACGCUGGGUGGACUGUGCGGUAACUACAAUGGCCACUCACAUGAUGAGUUCCGCCAACCCGACGGUACUUUGGUGGACAACGCUCAGGCGUUCGGCGACAGCUGGCGCGACGGCUCUCUGUCCGCACACUGUGUAGAAACACAACACGACAACUCCAACACUAACUUCAAUACCAGUGAGUACUGUGCAAUUAUUGGCUCAGAAGAAGGACCCUUCACCGGGUGCUGGUCCGUGGAAGACCCGCAGCAGCACAUGGAAACGUGCAUAAGGAUCCUUGGAACUUCAGGAAAUCCAGCAUCAACAAGGUGCGAAGUCCUGCGAGACUAUGCUCUACUGUGUCAACGGGAGGGUGUGGAAUUACAAGGAUGGAGAGAUGCAACCAACUGUGAGUACACCUGCCCUGGUAACAGCCACUACGAGCCUUGUCAUAGGCCUUGUCCCUCCACCUGCCCCAGCCUUAGUUUCCCCUUCACCUGUGAGACUGUGUGCCAGGAGGGCUGCCAGUGUGACGACGGCUUUGUUCUCAAUGGCAACCAUUGCGUGCGGCCCACAUCUUGUGGGUGCCACCACAAUGGGCGCUAUCGGCAAAGUGGCGAGCAGUUCUGGGAUAGUGAGGAAUGUCAAAACCUGUGUACCUGUAAUGGUAGGACAGGGAUAGUGCACUGCAGGACCAGCUCCUGUGAAGCCCAGGAGUCCUGUCGCGUGGUGGGGGGUGAGCUUGGCUGCCACCCUAACCCUCACGGUAGCUGCUCUGCCAUCGGAGAUCCCCACUACACAUCUUUUGAUGGCAAGCGCUUCGACUUCCAGGGAACCUGCCGUUACAUUCUGGCAACCGUUUGCAACAACACCGGUGAACUGGAGUCCUUUUCGGUGGGGGCUAAGAAUGACCCGUGGGGCGGAGGCAGUGUUUCCAUCACAGCUGAGGUUUUUGUCAAUGUCUCGGGCUACCAAAUACACAUGUCCAGGCACAGGAGAGGAGCAGUGAUGAUCAACGGAAUAACAGCAAAUUUACCAGUCGUGUUGAACGGAACCGUGUCGGUCUUUGCAAGUGGAUCUCGUACAUUCGUCCAAACUGACUUUGGCCUCAGUAUCACAUACGAUGGAUCACAUAGAGCGACCAUCGCUGUGCCACCAGCUUACAGAGGGAAAACAUGUGGAUUGUGUGGAAACUUCAAUCAAAACCAAAAUGACGACUUCCGCCUCCCGUCCGGAGCAGUGGUCACCUCGGCAGAUGAGUUUGGACUGUCCUGGAAGUAUUGGGGCGACAACACCUGCACUGACGGCUGCGGCUCUUCCUGCCCUCGUUGCAACGACGAAGGACCGGCCAGAACCAGCUGUAACGUGAUCGUAGCAACUGAUGGUCCCUUCAGUUUCUGCCACGACGAAGUGGACCCCACGCCUUAUUUUAACGACUGCGUGUUUGACGUCUGCGUGUCAGGGAAUCGAGCUCAUGACAUUCUGUGCAGGGCCAUCGAAGCCUAUGUCAGUGCCUGUCAGUCUGCCAAUGUCCGAAUUCUCCGGUGGAGAGAGAUCGCCACCUGCACCAUCACCUGUCCGGCCAACAGCCAUUAUCAGCUGUGUGGCACCGACUGUGGUCACACCUGCGCCAGCAAUGUAGACGACACCUGUGAUCAAGGAUGCGCCGAGGGAUGUUUCUGUAAUGAGGGCUUCGUCCGCAGCGGAACAGAAUGCAUCAAUGUGGAAAACUGUGGCUGCCAGUACGAUGGUUUUUACUACAACGCUGGCGAGAGCUUCUGGACCGAUGGUUGCACUCAGCGAUGUGAAUGUCACGCUCCUAAUGACCUGCGCUGCUCCUCGGAGUCAUGCACUCCUUCACAAGCAUGCAUAAUCAGAGACGGGCAUCUGGGCUGCUUUGAUGCCAUGACGACGUGCACAGUAUGGGGUGACCCGCACUACAUCUCCUAUGAUGGAGCGGUGGCUCAUUUCCAGGGAACCUGCACCUACAUCGUAACUGAGAGUGUCCACCAGGAGGCGAGCGACAACUGGUUCAGGGUGGAAGCCACCAACAACCACCGCGGUAACAACCGUGUGUCCUUCGUAUCAGCAGUUGACGUGUAUCUGUCCAAUCAGAUGGAGACGACGAUCGUGAGGAUCGGAGCCAACAGAGUGGUAUCGGUCAAUGGAAGUCAUGUGUCUCUACCGGUAACUGUCACCGCCUUGGCACAGGUUCAACUGCAGGGAAGCUACGUGGUGGUAGAUGCUGGCGACAUGAUCGUCCAGUAUGAUGGUGUCAGCAACCUGCUGGUCAGGCUGACGCAGGAUCACAGGAACAGAGUCACAGGGAUGUGUGGAAAUUUCAACAUUGAUCCUGCAGAUGACAGGAUGCUGCCCGCGGGCACACUGGCUAGCAGCGACAACGAGUUCGGACAGGGCUGGAGGGCAGCAUCAAGCCAAACAGGAUGUGGGUCAACCGAUGAACCAUACGACGACGAUCUGAGCAACUGCCGCUUCAGGGAUGAAUUCGCCGCCAUCUGCAGCAUGAUCACAAACACCACCGGUCCAUUCAGCGACUGCCACCUGCACUCUGACCCCCAGCCGUUUGUGACCGCUUGCGUCUAUGACCUCUGCAUGUACGACACCGAUCAUGACAGAAGGUUCCAGACCAUGCACUGCAGAGCCAUCGCAGCCUACGAACAAACCUGCUCUCUUUUGGGACUGGACAUUCCUGAAUGGCGCGCGGCUGUACACUGUGCUGAGUCCGACCCUUGCGAGAACCUGAACUGCACUGACUUUGAGUGGUGCGGGGAGAAGGACGGUGUCUACGGCUGCUUCUGCGAUGAAAACCACCACCGUGCUAACAAUGAGAGCUACGACUUCUCCCUCACUUGUGCCAGCAGUACCGGAACCAUGUCUAUGUCCAGGUGCCAACUGUUUGAAGCUGGCUUCCACUCUGAGGCACUCCACCUGCGUGAUGAAGAAUGCGGAGGUCAUCUCCAGGACGGACGGCUGGUGUUCCACUUCGACAACGAUGACAACGUGUGCGGGACGUCUCUGCGGAGCAACGGAACUCACUUCAUCUACGAGAACGUGAUCCAGGGAGAUGUGGAUCCGCAUGAAGAAGUCAUCAGCCGCCAAAGGAACAUCCACCUGCAGUUCAACUGUGAAUACCCUCUGAGUCAGGCCCUGUCCAUGUCUGUGGGCAUCAACCCCCUGGAGAGCAUCAUCAACAAGAGGCUUCCCUCCGGUGAGGGCCGGUACCGAGUCAGGAUGACUCCCUACGAGGAUGCCUCCUUCACAAGUCCAAUAACCGGUGCCGAAAACGUGGAGAUGGAAAUAGACGAGGUCUUGUACGUGGAGGUCGCCACUGAAGGAGUGGACGAACGGCAGCUCUCCACCAUCAUUACCGCAUGUUGGGCCACACCAGUCAACGUCCCUGACUACCCUGUUCGCUGGGAUCUUAUACAGAAUGAGUGUCCCAAUCCACUAGAUGGAACCGUAGAGGUGAUUCAGAACGGCGUCUCCAGCGCCGCGCGUUUCUCCUUCAGGAUGUUCACCUUCCCCAACAACACCUCCGUCUACCUGCACUGUCAGAUCCAGCUCUGUCUCCUGAGGGAUAACGACUGCACUCCUGUAAGUGUGUGUGUGUGUGUGUCUGCAGACCGUCCACCACCGACGUGGCAUCACUAACCUCGCUCGCU